AGGCUUCAGGCUUGCUUACAGCUAAUUUUCCCUCCGCAGUCCCGCUGCUGCCGCGGCGGGCAGGAUGGGAAGGGGAGACGCUGCUGCCUAAGCUUUCGCCUGCUCGCGGCUGCCUUCUCCUCCUCUCCCCGGAGAGGAAGAGCGCGCGCGACCGAGAGGGGCUCAGCAUGCCCUCCUUCGACUCGGGCAGUCUCCGAGCCUCCUGCUCCUAGCCGAGCCGCAACCCCGCCUUGGCCCUGGCCCCACCGAGCUCCAUGGUGCUUGAGGGGCAGCGCUCUCCUGCGGUGCGGGGCGGCGGCGGCGAGGGAAGAGAAGAAGAAGGGAAUGGCCGCCCAGGGUGACAGUUGCAGCGUCAAGGUGGCCGUGAGGAUCCGUCCUCAAAUGCCAAAGGAAAAGAUUGAAGGAUGUCACAUAUGCACAUCAGUGACACCUGGAGAACCCCAGGUACUCCUGGGAAAGGACAAAGCAUUUACCUAUGACUUUGUCUUUGACCUGGACACUUGGCAGGAUCAGAUCUAUACAACCUGUGUAAGCAAGCUGAUUGAGGGCUGCUUUGAGGGCUACAACGCCACUGUGUUGGCAUAUGGCCAGACAGGUGCAGGUAAGACUUAUACCAUGGGCACUGGUUUUGACAUGAACACUUCUGAAGAGGAGCAUGGCAUAAUUCCACGAGCCAUUGCCCAUCUCUUCAAUGGCAUACAAGUGCGUAAGCAGGCUGCACAAGACCAGGGGGUCCCCAUCCCAGAGUUCAAAAUCAGUGCACAGUUUUUGGAGCUAUACAAUGAGGAGAUCCUGGAUCUUUUUGAUAGCACAAGAGACCCUGAGUACCGCCACCGAAAAUCAAACAUCAAAAUCCAUGAAGAUGCCAACGGUGGUAUCUAUACCACAGGUGUCACAUCACGUCUCAUAAGCUCACAAGAUGAGCUGAUCCAGUGCCUGAAACAGGGAGCUCUAUCCCGAACCACAGCCAGCACCCAGAUGAACGUCCAAAGCUCCCGCUCCCACGCUAUCUUCACAAUCUACCUUUGCCAAAUGCGGGUCUGCUCUCCUGUACACUUGGUGAAUGGAGACACAAACAGUCUCCUGGAGGGAUCCCAGCCUACCAGGGAAUAUGAGACACGAACAGCCAAAUUCCACUUUGUUGAUCUGGCUGGCUCAGAGAGGUUGAAACGAACUGGUGCCACAGGCGAGAGAGCUAAGGAAGGGAUCUCUAUCAAUUGUGGCUUGCUAGCAUUAGGAAAUGUCAUCAGCGCCCUUGGGGAUCAGAGCAAGAAAGCCUUGCACGUGCCCUACCGAGAUUCAAAGUUGACUCGGCUUCUCCAAGAUUCACUUGGCGGAAAUAGCCAAACUGUAAUGAUUGCCUGUGUGAGUCCUUCAGAUCGGGAUUUUAUGGAGACCCUGAACACCCUUAAGUAUGCCAACCGUGCUCGCAACAUCAAGAACAAAGUGGUGGUGAAUCAGGACAAGACCAGCCAGCAGAUCAGUGCCCUGAGAGCUGAAAUUGCUCGUCUCCAGAUGGAACUUAUGGAAUAUAAGGCAGGUAAGCGUGUUAUUGGAGAAGAUGGUUCUGAAGGCUACAGUGACCUAUACCAGGAGAAUGCCAUGCUGCAGAAGGAGAACACCACUUUACGUAUGCGGGUGAAAGCCAUGCAGGAGGCUAUUGAUGCAAUCAACAUCCGUGUCACCCAUUUGAUGAGCCAGGAAGCCAACCUGAUUCUUGCCAAGGCAGGUGAUGGUAAUGAGGCUAUUGGUGCUCUGAUCCAGAACUACAUCAGGGAAAUUGAAGAUCUCAGGACAAAACUUUUGGAGAGUGAAGCUAUGAAUGAAUCACUGCGUCGCAAUCUGAAUCGGGUUUCAUCCAGACUGCCCUAUUCCCUGGGUUUAUCACCAGGGACUGGAUUGGGAGCUUCAAAUUCCCCUGCCUCAGAGGAAGCUGAAGCCUCUGAAGUCCUACAGUGGGCCAAGCAAGAUCUUGAGAGGCUGAAGAAGGAGACAAAGCUGCGAAAAAAAAGCCCAGAGAAAGAAGGGUUUAAGAAGCGGUUGAGGCUGCAGCAGGGAAACGAGGCAGAUGAGAAUGAUGAGAACGAGGCAGAAGAGGAGGAAAGGGAUGAAAGUGGCUGUGAGGAAGAAGGCGGCCAGGAGGAAGAAGAUGAAGAAGAUUCAGGAAGUGAAGAAAGUUUGGUGGAUUCUGACUCAGAUGUUGAAGAAAAAGCAGCAAAUUUCCAAGCUGAUCUGGCUGACCUGACCUGUGAAAUUGAGAUCAAACAGAAACUAAUAGAUGAGUUGGAGAACAGCCAGCGGCGCCUGCAGACGUUGAAGCACCAGUAUGAGGAAAAGCUGAUUCUGCUGCAGAACAAGAUCCGUGACACUCAGCUGGAGAGAGACAGGGUGCUGCAGAAUCUCUGUUCAAUGGAAUGCUAUACAGAAGAAAAGGCUAACAAAAUUAAAGCAGAUUAUGAGAAACGUUUAAGGGAGAUGAAUCGGGAUCUGCAGAAGUUGCAGGCUGCCCAGAAGGAGCAUGCGCGCCUCCUCAAGAACCAGUCUCGAUAUGAGCGAGAGCUGAAGAAGCUGCAUGCAGAAGUAGCAGAGAUGAAGAAAGCCAAGGUAGCAUUGAUGAAACAAAUGCGUGAAGAGCAACAAAGACGACGAUUGGUAGAGACCAAGAGGAACCGGGAGAUUGCCCAGUUGAAGAAAGAGCAACGUAGGCAGGAGUUUCAAAUACGAACGUUGGAAUCUCAGAAGCGACAGCAGGAGAUCGUCUUGCGCAGAAAAACCCAAGAGGUCUCUGCUCUGCGUCGUCUAGCCAAACCUAUGUCUGAUAGGGUUGCUGGGAGGAUGAACCAGAAACAAACCAUGGUGGAGCCAGGUGCUGAAGUCUCCCCCAGCGCCACCUCCUUAGAGCCAGAAUCUGGUUCUCGUUCUGUCUCUAGCAUUGUACGCCAAUGGAAUAGAAAAACCAAUGCUUUUCUGGGAGACUCUCCUUCUUCCACAAAUGGAACUCGGACCAUCAGGAAAAGAUUCCCAAAGAAAGGUACAAAUCAGACUUUUAAUAAGACAGCUCGCCUGAAGUGGCAGUCACUGGAACGUCGUGUCUUUGAUAUUGUCAUGCAAAGAAUGACUGUCAUCAAUCUGGAAUCAGAUAUGGAGCGUCUUAUCAAGAAACGUGAGGAAUUGUCACUGAUGCAGGAAGGACUUCUAGGGAAGAGGGGGAAACUGCAAACUGAGAACCCAGAAGAACAGAAGGGGUUGCAGGAGUUAAAUGAGGAGAUUGAAGUGUUGGCUGCCAAUCUUGACUACAUAAAUGACAGUAUUUCUGACUGCCAGGCCACCAUUAUGCAGAUUGAAGAGACCAAGGAAGAGUUGGAUUCUACAGACACCUCUGUGGUGAUCAGCUCCUGCUCCUUGGCUGAAGCUCGGCUUUUACUGGAUAAUUUUCUCAAGGCAUCCAUAGACAAGAGCCUGCAGGUAGCCCAGAAGGAAGCUCAGAUCCGCUUACUGGAAGGACGUCUGAGACAAGCAGAUGUGACUGGCUCCUCUCAGAACCAUCAUAUUCUGGAUGCCCUGCGAGAAAAAGCAGAAUCCCACCCUGAAUUACAGGCACUCAUUCACAAUGUGCAGCAAGAAAAUGGUUAUGCCAGCACUGAUGAGGAAGUCUCCGAAUUCAGUUUGGCUUCAGAGGGAAGCUUUUCCCAGUCUUUCUUCAUGAAAGGUUCUGCCAGUCAGGAUGACUUCAAGUGUCGGGGAGAGCCUAAGCUGUCUGGUCAGAUGAAAGCUGUAUCUGCAGAGUGCCUAGGGCCCACAUUGGACAUCUCCACUAAGAACAUCACCAAAUCAUUGGCAUCUCUCAUGGAGAUCAAAGAGGACAGUGUUGGAUUCUCUAUCCGUGAUCCUUAUUAUAUGGAGAAGGUCUCCCGCACUAUCAGCCUGCCUAUCCGAGGGAGCACAUUCCCUCGACAGUCCCGAGGCACAGACACAUCACCUCUCACAAGGAGGAAGUCAUACGACAGGGGUCAGCCUAUCAGGAACCCAGAUGUUGGAUUCACUCCUCCCUCAUCCCCUCCCAGCAGGCCGCGCAAUGACCGCAAUGUCUUCUCUCGCCUCACUAGCAACCAGAGCCAGGGCUCUGCGUUAGACAAGUCUGAUGACAGUGAUUCCUCUGUCUCGGAGGUGCUGAGGGGCAUCAUUAACCCUGUGGGAGGUUCCAGGAGUACCCGAACAGCACCACUGCAAUGCAUUUCUGUGGCUGAAGGACACACCAAACCAGUGUUAUGCCUGGAUGCUACUGAUGAAUUGUUAUUCUCUGGAUCCAAGGAUCGGAGUUGCAAAAUGUGGAACUUAGUGACAGGACAGGAAAUUGCAUCUUUGAAAGGUCAUCCAAAUAAUGUAGUCUCCAUAAAAUACUGCAGUCACUCUGGCCUGGUAUUCACAGUCUCUACCUCUUACAUCAAAGUGUGGGAUAUCCGUGAUUCUGCAAAGUGCAUCCGCACUCUCACCUCCUCAGGCCAGGUGAUCACUGGAGAUGCCUGCGCUGGGACCACUAACCGGACUAUCACCAGCGUGCAAGGCGAGCACCAGAUCAAUCAGAUUGCACUUAAUCCCACAGGCACCAUGCUUUAUGCAGCCACUGGCAAUUUUGUCCGCAUUUGGGAGCUGAACAGGUUUCAGCCUAUUGGAAAGCUGACAGGUCACAUUGGUCCUGUGAUGUGUCUCACAGUGAAUAGAACUGCAAGCAAUCAUGAUUUGGUAGUCACAGGAUCUAAGGAUCACUACAUUAAGAUGUUUGAGAUCGCUGAAGGUGUUGGUGGGAACAUUGGCCCUUCUCACAACUUUGAACCUCCACAUUAUGAUGGGAUUGAGUGCCUGGCUAUUCAGGGAGACAUACUCUUCAGUGGUUCCCGUGACAAUGGGAUCAAGAAAUGGGACUUGGAACAUCAAGAGCUCAUCCAGCAAAUCCCUGCACAUAAAGAUUGGGUUUGUGCUUUGGCCUUUGUGCCCAGCCGGCCCAUGCUGCUGAGUGCCUGCCGUGGUGGGACAGUGAAGGUCUGGAAUGUUGACAACUUCACACCUGUUGGGGACAUCAAGGGGCAUGAUAGUCCUAUCAAUGCCAUCUGCACAAAUUCAAAGCACAUUUUCACAGCUUCCAGUGACUGUCGAGUAAAGUUAUGGAAUUACGUGCCUGGGCUCACCCCCUGCCUUCCACGACGCGUCCUUGCCAUCAAGGGCCGUGCCACCAGUCUGCCUUGAUCUUCCUCCUUCUUCUCUACUCUCCUGCUUACUCUUUCUUGCUGUGUUCUCCCUCCCUGCCCCUCUUUGUCUUCCCUGUCCCUCUCUCUGGGAGCUGAUUUCACCUGCUUCUUGACGGUAUGCAAUGCUUACUUGCUUUUCUUUCCUUUAAAGGGACAGUAAGUGAAGGUGUUUUCUAAGGGAGAAAUCAUUCCCUACUCUACCUCCCAAAUGGGCAUCACAAACCCACCUUACAUUCUUCCCUGACUUUGCCAAUUUGGUUUCAUUGUCAAAUGGUCUGUGCUUUAUUUGGAAACCUGUUGUAUUGAAAUAAGUAUAAACUUGUUCCUAGUAAAAUCAGUUCAAGAUUAGCGUGUUGAGGGCCAAUGGGCUCCAGUGAGGUAUUCCCAGUUCACUACCUGGGUUUUGCAGUGUGAGGACCA